AUGGGGGGAAAGAAGGUUAAGCGACACUCGCACCAUCUCACCAUCUCACCAGCUAGCUGUACUCAUGCUCCUGCGCUGUACAGUGCAUACUGUAGCAAGCAACUAUCGACCCUGGUUCAUUUUGGGAAGAAUUUGGAAAGCUCGCAAUGCGAGCGGGACUGGAAACACCGAGCAGAGUUUCUUGCUGCGGCAGCUUGGCAUCCAAUAUCCAAGGCAGCCAAGGAGCGUGCGAUGGCACACAAAACACACGAUACACAGCACGGCUUACAAGCUCGUGCUUAUUUGCUUCAAAUCCGUUCAAGAGCAUCGCUUGUGCUGUUGAGCCUAGCGGACAGCGCGGUGCAAACACACCAUGAGACUCUGGCCUGGCAGCCUGGCUCUCUGAGCUGGAACAAGCCCUGGGGGCCGGGUAAUGCUCCGCGCGAGCCGCUGCACAAGCCCGGGUUUUCAGCUGCGCGCUCGCUCAUCGGCACGGCACAUGAUUAUGUGCUGUUCAGCAGCACCACCGCCAUGGCGCAGCGAUCGAUGCGAUGGACACAAGCAUAUCAAGGGGCUGGAAUGGCUAGCAUUUCCCGCCUGACACGACUGCGCUGUGAUGCUGUCAUGCCUGCUUCGCCAGCAAGAUGCGCACGUUGUCUCAUGACUGGCAGAGGAAGAUCCCAAGAGUGCAGUGCUGCCAUUGGCCAAAAGGGGGCAGUAUUACGGAUUACGGCUGAGGCGCCGGGCCAUCAUUAUCGGUCAGGCCUGCCAAGCAAUGGUGAGAUAUGCGGCACGCCUCUUCUUGGGUUGUCAAACUACUACUUGAAUGUCUUGGGAUUCUUGGGAUAUUACCAUGGCGUGAAACCACUUGGCUAA